ASAGUUUUCCAAAGCCUUCCUGCUGUGUGUGGCAGCAACUGUCAYGUCAAGGCAGCUGAUUGCAGACUCUGCCUAAUGAACGUGGGCAGCAGGUGACAGCUGCUCCGUUGCUUUGGCACUGCUUCCAGAGCCAUUCCACACUGGUAGGUGGCCACGCUAUUUUGGAUGURUGAAAGCACUUGCAAGGCUUGGAAACAUCCAGCUCGUUCCUUGACAGUUCAGGUGGAAAUAAAUUGUCUUGACAGAAGGUAAAUGGGAAAAAAAAACCCUUCAUUAUUCAUUUUUCUAGGAAGCUGGUUAAGUGGUGAUCUCAGAGCAUCACAGAAUCCCACAACAGUUUGGGUGGGAUCUUAAACAUCAUCUGGUUCCAAGCUCGUGCCAUGGGCAGGGACACCUUCCACUAGCCCACGCUGCUUCAACCUGGCUUUGAACACUUCCAGGUUCUCUGGAUCUUUAAGGAUGUCUUAGGAAGCGGAAGGGAGACAAAGGCAAUAGAAUGGCUAAAUAAGACUCUGCCUGGAAACAGGGCGAGUGCAAUUCCUUUUCCCGUGCAGGCAAAGUGGUUCCUCCAGCUGCCAGGACACAAUGAAAGCCCACAACAGAUAAGGGAACAUCAAGUGGGAAAUUAGGAGUCUAAUUAGUGUCUUAGGAGCCACAUGAGCAAAAUGACCUUUGGGUACUGGCAGCAGCAGCAUCUGAGAAAGCACUGAUGGUAUCAGCCCUCAGCGGGGAUUCUUCCAAGCACCAUCCACCAGCCCCAGGAAUUUGCUGGGCUGGAUGGAAGCUUCUGCAUGAGACUCAUGCAGAUGAAUCACCCACACAAACCUGAAGCCCCACCUCGCACUGGGACUGGAAUUUAAAACAGACAGGAGAUUAUUUGCAGCCUUGUUUGAGAGCUCUGCUGACACGAGGAGCCCUCGGAGCGGCAGGAGGGAGAACAGCCGGAUCCAGGUGGGCUCCAAGCACGUGCUCCCGGGAGCCUGAGCGUGGGCUGAGGCUUUGCCACUCCACACRCCUACUUCCUGCAAUCCUGGCAAUUACCAGUCCAGUAAAACCCAGUUUCUGACGUGGCUGACUCAGCAAGGGCUCGGCUCAAAACAAACACAUCCACACAGGGAGCCGCAGCCCGGGAAGCAGCGCUGGGUGGCACACGAAGGGACGGCAGCCGGCGAAUUUUGGCUCUGCAGAUCCAACCUGGCUGAAUUCCUGAACUUCUGGCUGAGAAGUCCCUGGACUUGCUUCUUCGUCCUGGUGAGCCUGGCAGGCCUGGUUCUCCGAGCGCUCCAGCAGCUUCUCCUCCCGCUCCUGCACUCCAGGCCGCUCCAGCACGGCGUAAGUCUUCUUUGCACCCGAUUUUCCCAGCGUUGCCUGUUGUGUCGUCGCUCUUCACGUCUCCCUUCGCCUGUAUUCCCUGGGUUCCUUCGGCGGGACUGASUCACCGUCUCGUUCCCAACCACCCACGGCGCUUCUCCGCCAGUGCCCCUCUGCAGAAGGUGCCCGGUUGCCAUGGCACCCGAGUGCCCUUCUGUUCUAGAUGCCAGAUUAGAUCUGUUCUCAUGGUGACUGUGCCUCUGUCGUUCCCCACCAGCCCGGAGCCGCGGCACWCGUUUAACGAGCUCGCUUGCUCACCACCGCUCCUCUCCGCUCUGACAGGAGACUCCUGAGAUCCAACCCGAGCCAAGCACUCCCUGCCACGGCGUGGAGUUUGCAUUUCCUGCACUACCAGCCUCUCUGCUUUCCCUGCAGCUCCKCGAACGGAGCAGGAAGGGGCUGUUCCCGUCGCACGGCUCGCUGCUGAUCCCUCCUGAUCCCAGCCUGUGAGGAGUCAGCAUUCCUGCUCCUCGCUGCCUCCCUCGGCAUGGAUACCUGGCGCAGGGGGUCCCUCAAAUCCACCACCUUCUUCCGACGCUUCUCCCUCAGGAGGCACAAAAAGCUGGGCAACCAAGUCAUCAUCCUGAACCAGAACAGCCACACUCUGGACACGGAUGGCCAGAAGAGGGAUCUGAAGGACAAGUCUGAGUAUCUGUCCUGUCAGAGCGAGCAGAACCUGGCCAAGGCACAAGCCCCUCCCAAGCCACCCCGGCUGUACCUGGACAGUUCCAGCUGCCCCAACAUCAUCGAUCGCACGGAUUCCCACUCCGACCUCUCCUUCUCCGACGCUGCUCCGUACCACAAAGCCACUCCCACGCACAAGGACCAGGCUGAGGACCACAGCACCGCAGGGGCAGGUCUCCAGAACAGCACCACUCUUCCCGACCUGGCCGACCCCUUCCUGUCCUUCAAAGUGGAUUUGGGGCUAUCACUCCUUGAGGAUGUCCUGCAGACCCUCAGGAAACAGAACCCCCGGGAUUACGCCAUUUGAAGGUAUUUCUUGUCCGUCACAUCCCGGUUACUCACUGCUGCUGCCGGCUCCUCCGAUCCUGGCGGGAGGAAGGAUGCUGGAGCACRCCUGUUGUGUGUGGCCUGUUUUGUUGUCCUCACCUCACCCAGCACAAACCAUCCCAGUCCUUGCCAAGGAAUCCUCUGGCUGUGUGCUCGGGUGAGAGCACUCUCUGCUGUCUCGUGGGCAACUUUCCACUCUCCACCCCGGGAAUUUCCCACUCCGGACUGCACAUCCCCUCCUCAGGGAAGACUGGCACUGUUUGGGAGAGACUUUUUGUUUUGGGGAUGUGACACUGCGGGGCAGGGACACACRGGGAUUUGGCACUGCUCACUGGUGGGACAGCAGGAAGCCUGCAAGGAGCCAGCAGCACUGCACCCCAAAGCCAAAGCUCAGAUGGCCGAGAGAUGGGACCUGGGGCUUCUCCUCCCACCAUGAUUGGAUGUGAAAGCUCAAAGCUGUUCCUGCGUUUUUUUCUCCUCCUCCUUGUGGGUUUCUUUUCCCCUAACUCCAGUGCAGGUGUCACUCCCAGCCUGGAAACAGGUAAGCAUCCAUGUAGGCUCCUGACACAGCACCAGCAGUGGAUUUAUCCUCCUGGCAGGAGAAGAGAUGUCUCYGACCCUGCUGCCUCACGCAUGCACUGAGCUCCCAGCUGUACAGACAUGGAAGAAUAAAUGUAUCUGUGACUGGAAGUGUCUGGUUGCCUCAUUUCACUGGGAAAAGGCACAGAAAUCCCAGGCACCAGGAGCAUAGGGUAUCUGAGGUGGCCCAGAUCCACCCUUCCUGGCACUGCAGGGUUUUAUGAGGGGUGGGAACCRGUGUGGCUCUGCUUUCCUGGGCUGGGGGCAUGACAGAGUUGCUGGGAC